CUAACACCAGUUCUUUCAGCACUUGUUUGCAAACAUGGCUUUCAAACGAUGGAUCCAAUGGAUCCAAAGGCUCUACUCAUGCCUACGUCAAGAGGAUCCAAAAAAACAAGAUGACGAACAGAAGAAGCAAGGGCAACAGGGCCAGCCGAAAGACAAAGGUGGCCAAAGGGAGCAAUCUCGAAUGCUGGUCACUUUGCAUGAGCUGCAGCGCACCAUGGACCCCUUGAUAGCAGCGCAAGUCUACAACAACCAUCACAGCCCCCUCGGCCGGCUGCCAGAAGAGCUCUUGCUUUGCAUCCUCCGUUAUAUAGGCGACGACGUUCUCACCCUAUACUGUCUCCGGCGUGUCUCGAGGAUAUUCCGGCGUCUUAUCUAUGAAUUGGAAAUUUGGAAACAAAUGUUGCCUCCUCCAUCUUCCCAAAGAUUUGGCUAUUCUACCGAAGCUCGUUGGCGUCUCCCUAUCCACCUGUAUCAUCAACUUCGACAGCGCUUACAAAGCGAUGGCUUAUGCAACGACUGCAAUCUCUGGUGCGAUGUUCCUGUUAAGGGAUGGUUUAAUUGGUUUAUUCAGACUACAAACCUCAAAUCAGACCGUUUUCUAAAACUUCAGGCUAUCUGCAAGUUUGAUUCUUUGCAAGGUUAUGCUCUUUACUGCGAUGCAUGCGGCAUUAACCAUGAUAUGCGGAGAUUUUUCCCUUCCAAUCAGCAGUCUGACAAGAGAAAUCGACAGUGUCUAAGCCGUGAAGGAGCUGUACAGUUGUGCAAGCAUGUCCACAUCUCCUGGGCUGCCGUCGAGGAACAUAUAACCGACUGGCAGCAGCGCAAGCCUGGAGACUGGCAGGCCUGCUUCGACCACUUCAACAUCGAGUGCCAUGAUCCAAGCCACGAUACACGCUGGACAGCCGAGGAAGCCCCGACCUGGCCCCGGGCCUGUCUCCAGACUGCUGGGCUGAGGCAGAACCCAAACCCGGUGGUUCUCAAUUACGAGUGGAAACCCCAUAGUGGUCUCGACGUUUUUACCUGCACCUUGGACGGGCAGGUGCCUGCCUUGGGGAUGAGGGCGCUAUUCCAGAGGUUGCGACAAGGGCCAGCUGGCAUUUUGUUGCCUUCAUACCCUACAAAUCCUUUACCAGAGAUGGCGUGUUUUGAUCCAACCCGGUGUGACUGCAUCUACUAUGAGAUGGGGGAUAACAAGAGACUGAGUGCUCCAGAUCCAUCAAAAUGCCUUAACUUUUCUGCAACGAUUUUCCAUCUGGAUGGAACGCCCAUCAUACCUACUACAGAUAUUUUGGUUUCGGACGGCAUAUGGAGCAAGUAGGCAUGAGCAAACAUUGGCCUCGGGGUAUGUGCAACUCGGUGUGUCUGGUCGCCACCUACCAGCGCUGCAUUCCGGUCUGCCACAAGACAGACCGUACUAAUAUCAACCCUACCCACCAGUGGCUCCAUGCCAUGGAUCCUGACACAUACCCUCGCCCACAUGCCAGCCAUACCUUACCUUUGUGCAGGGACAAGGGUUGUAUUUUGAACUAUUAUCGAAGGCCAAAUCCGUCUGUUGAAAAUAUGGCACAGCCGAUUUCAUGCCCGCACCUUCGAGUGUCUGGGGGGGCGGAAGCGAUGACUCCGAGAAACGAUGCAAUGACUUGGUUAAAGUCAAAUCCAUGGCCUAGACUUUGUGAUGUUUAUGUAAAUUAAAGCAUG